ACCCUCCAGAAAAACCUCCGCUUUCUCCAUAACUCUGGGCACAACAUUGCCUCCCUACUUCCUCAAUAUCCCAUCCCACAUCUGACAUUUUCCAUCUCACUCUCGUCUAAUCCCACCAUCUCGACCGUUGAUCCUCAUCAUGGCCAAGUACGGCGAAGGCGACAAGCGUUGGAUCGUUGAGGACCGCCCGGACGGGGCUAACGUCCACAACUGGCACUGGGCGGAGACCAACUGCCUUCAGUGGUCCCGCACCCUCCUUUCCCAACUCCUGCAGGAUCUUCCCAUCCUCUCCGGCGAAUCGAAUAUCUUUAUCCGCACCAAAACCCUAGAAAGGCUCGAUGGCGAGGCCUACGUCAAUGUACGGAAGGGCAAGGUCAUUCCUGGCUACGAGCUCAGUCUCACCCUUUCCUGGGAGGGCGAGGCCCGCGGCGCCGACGGCUCGUCGCUGCUCAAGGUCGACGGCACCGUCGAGAUCCCGUACAUCGCCGACGAGAACGCCGAUGAAGACCCUGAGGUGAAGAUCACCGUCAAGGACGAUGGGCCAAUCGGGAAUACGCUGAAGGAGGCUUUUGUGUCGAAGGGGAAACCGAUUGUGCUCGAAAAGAUCAGAAUUUUUGUGGACCGGAUGGCGAAGGGAGGGCCCGCCAAGGAUGAGCUUGAAGUGAAGAAGCCGGUGAAAUCUCAGCCGGCGUCCGCAGCGACUACGGCUGCGGUGGCAGCCCCUGCACCAAAGCCAAAGAAGGAGGAGGGGAAGAAGGGUUUCAAGACGAUCACAAUGACGGAGAAAUUCAACUGUCGGGCUAAGGAUCUUUUCGAAAUCUUGAUGGAUGAGAAUAGGUGGAAAGGGUUCACUCAGAGCAAUGCAAGGAUUAGUAAGGAGGUCGGGGGGCAGUUUACUCUUUUUGACGGGGCGGUCUCGGGGGUGAAUGUGGAGCUCGAGGAAGGGAAGCAGAUUGUGCAGAAAUGGAGAUUUGGCAGCUGGGCGGAUGGGAUACAUUCGAUGGUGAAGCUGACAUUUGAUGAGCCCGAAGCAGGGUUUACAACUGUUCGGUUGAUGCAGACUGAUGUUCCAGAGGAAGACAGAUAUGGAAAUUCUACCGUUGUUGAGAACACAGAGAGAGGAUGGAAGGAGCUGAUCUUCCACAAGAUCCGUGCGGUUUUUGGGUUUGGAAUCUAAUACUCAAAUGGCAAGAGCUUCCUACCAUGUAGAAUUUUUUAAUCUCUUUGUGCCUCUUUAGUUUCAUGCUUUUCUGUUGGUUGAUUUUGUUACAUCAGUCAGCACAAACUGCAUGGGUGCUCUAUGGUUGCAAUCAUAUUGUCAUUCUGGUUCAUGUAGUUGAAAACCCGAGGACUUCAUGAGUCAGCUUGCUAAUUAUCCAUGUAAAACGCUAUUUGGCAUUAGGACCUCCACAGUUUAACAAAGCCAAGAGGAUACAUCUGUUCUCGUCA